CAUCGAACCAUUGGAUUGGACGUGAGUUAUCGUGCCCAUCAUCAUCCAAUUGCCCGCACAACCGCCACUACGCUGCCGUCCGACUACCCAUCGGCACCGCGUUCGAGCCGCACCAACCCGGUAGCCACAGUCCGUCUCGCGCACGCGGCGACAUGCCGGCAACCUACUGCGAGCGAUGUGGUCUCGGACGGGUCAGAGGCAAUCCUCUUGCCUCUGCAGAGGCUGCAUCCAUUCGGCGAAGACGGUAGCUCGCCGCUCAACGACAGCCGCCACAAGGCGCCGCAAGGUCACGGCGACGGACCUCUUUACCGCCUGCUACACGACGAUCCUCGGUACCGCUGCCAUAAUAGACGCCCAAAACAAGGAAUUCCGCAAGCAGGACCUCGAUGACAAGUUGGAAAAGGCAAGGACCGCUGUCAACAAUCUCACCGCGCAGAAUGCCACCGCCCUCGCCGAAAGCGCCGCGGCCGCGGCGUCCAGCCGCCAAAGCUCAACCGAUAUCAGCUCCGACUUCCUGUCCAGAAUCCACGGCCUUACAAUAUCUCAGCAGUGUGCUGCCAUCUAUGGCGAACAAUGGAAGUCUAAUAGAACGACCACCUCGGGUCAAACUCGCAUCGACUGGGCAGGGAUUGAGAAGGCUGUCGCCGUCGAGCACCAUGAUCCUAGAAUCAAGCUGAUAGAGCCGACAUCUGCGGAUCAGUUGCUCCAAGUUACCACUACGGUCAUUGACUUGGUGGAAGCGCUCGUGGCCAAGGUCGAACGGCCUGCAAAAAUGGGGUUGCAGGAUCAGACUGUGCAGUCAACUAUACUAGCAGACGCACACGAGCAGCAGGUCUGGCAAGAACUGCAAAGCGCGCGGAUCAGCAGCAAAUAUCCCAGCUACGAAUUCCCCCAUGGCAAUCCUGAGUUGUCCGCAGACGUUCGCACAAACCUGCGAAAGUCCCUCGUGUCGGCAAUGGACGGCGCUUUAACUCCGAGGGAGAUGGUUGCCAGGGUAUGCUAUAACCUCCUGGUGUCAACUGCGCCUCCCUCAAUCACGAUAUACAACACGCUGAUUGCUGGUUUCAACCGUCUCGAGCGACCGGAUCUUGCUCAGAGCGUCGUUGACACGGUGCUGAAGAACACGGCCGGACCAGAUACGCAACAGACUACGCUCUGCCUUCUGAAUCAUUUCCGCGGCACCAAUAAUCGUCGAGGCGUGCGUAGGAUAGCUCAGCGCAUGCGUGGCGUUUCCGGCUCUUCCCUCCAUCUCGCUGAGCUGUCUGAGCCUGAGCCAAGUGCUGUGACUUUCGAUGGGUGGCUUCAUGAUCAGGCUCCCGUCGAAAGGCGAUCCAACAUGUACUUGAAGGCUGCUCCAACCACGAGCUUGAGCUACGAUACCUUAAUUCGUACUUGGCUUGAAGUCAGUGAUACCGAUCGCGCAGCCAAGAAAUUUGUGGAGUGUAUACGGCACGACGUGCGGAUAGAUCCGCAAACAAUACUUCGGUUAUUGCGGGAUUGUGUUGGGGCCUUGGACUCGAAAGCGGCACGAAAACUCGUCCAAGGUAUCGCGAAGCAUACUAGUACAUUCAUCGUCAUGAUCCGACAGCUCGUACUCGAUGCGCCAGCCUCGCUAUCGCUAGCCAUCUUUGAUAACUUGUAUCAGCUGCUUGAGCUUAGCUGGGACACCACUAUCUACAAAUCCGGGCGCACCAUGGACGGCUUCGUCGACUUCACAACCAGAUUCAAGCCUUGGGUGUUCGCUCGACGACUGCAACUCCAAGCCCGACAGGCAAUAUCCGAAGCUGACGCAAUCCUCGACGCUUUUGCUGUUGACCGGCCCCUCCUGAACCGGGUCGAGGUGGCGCUGGAGUGUAUAACCCCAAGUGCCACCUUGUCGCAAAACAGCACACUAUGGCAAAGAGCAGUGACGCUGUCUGCUGUGCAGUCACAUUUUGAUCAUUUGACCAGCAAGACCAUCCGGCUCAGCUCACAGGUGCAGCACUUGGUGAUCAAGUACAAGACCGGGGUCGACUUUGACCCAUUUGGGGAUCUCGAUUCGACUAGGGUCCGGGAGAGAGCUCGGCAGCUUGUUCUUGCUGAUGCCCUUGAUCAAGUGCUCCUCCGAGACACAAUGACUGCCAGAGAAGUCAAGGAAGACUUGGUAGCAGGACUUCCAGAUGCCCAACAAGCCGAUGCUUUCAAGCAAGCUGGGAUUGCAGGAACAAUGAGUAUUGGCAACUUGACCCGGUUCUACGGCCCGCGACAACGUCAUCUCGCCACUGCAAAGGCAUAUACACCACAAGAUAAUGCAGUUGCCACGCUGCAGGCCUCGUUCACCGACAGGCUGCGAUCUGUCAAAGCCCUCCUGUAUGGUUCCUUGUGUUCAAGGCAGCACAGACUCUUGACUUGGAAGUACAGCGACUGGAAUGACGUACCUUUGAAGCUUCUAGUAAAGAUGAAUCUACAGAGGCUCCCAAAGCCAAAGGGAGCAGGCCUGGCUCCAGGCAGGACCUCGAGGCCGGCAGAAGCCGCUGGUGGGCAUAUUGACAAGGCCAAAGCAACGGAGUCAAGAUUGAAGCCAAAUCCCACACCGAAACCUCUACCCGCAGGUAUUGAGGUGUCGCCAAUAGGACUUGACAUUCGGAGGACAUGGAACCCGCCACCGAGGAAAUCAUGGGCUCAACCAACAGAGUCUGCGGGGACGCACAGAAAGUUCUAUAUCGACCCAUUGCACCAGUCGUCAGACUCGACGCGGAUUGUGACGAGCACAGACUCGGGCAGGAUGUCUGCUACGGCCUGAUGUAUACUCGAAAUCGGAUUGCGUACGCGUGCAUCCAUUGUACAAUACUUUCAAGCAUUUAUAGAUUCCGCGGCUGUGCAUUUUGACGAAGCAUGAGAUGGGUCGCAUUUGGGCAUGGCGGCCGGGCGAAUCAUACAGGAAGACCUUGUAUUCAGCACAGGGAUGAUACCAUCAAAAGAAUAGAGUUCGGGGCCACAACGAUCAGCUCAACCGUGU